CCACGUAGAAGUUGUUUCUGAACUGCUGAAGAAAGAAGCCAAUGUGGAUGCAGCUACAAAGAAAGGAAACACAGCAUUGCACAUAGCAUCUUUGGCUGGGCAAGCAGAGGUGGUAAAGGGCUUGUUUUCAAAUGGAGCCAAUGUCAAUGCACAAUCUCAGAAUGGUUUCACCCCAUUGUACAUGGCAGCCCAGGAAAACCACCUGGAAGUUGUCAAGUUUCUUCUUGACAAUGGUGCCAGCCAGAGCCUAGCCACAGAGGAUGGCUUCACGCCGUUGGCAGUGGCUUUGCAACAAGGUCACGAUCAAGUGGUGUCCCUCCUGCUAGAAAAUGACACUAAAGGGAAAGUGCGGCUUCCGGCUCUUCACAUCGCCGCCCGAAAGGAUGACACGAAAGCUGCCGCCCUGCUGCUGCAGAAUGACCACAACGCAGACGUGGAGUCCAAGAGUGGCUUCACUCCGCUCCACAUAGCGGCUCACUAUGGAAACAUCAAUGUAGCCACGUUGCUGUUAAACCGAGCGGCCGCCGUGGACUUCACUGCAAGGAACGACAUCACUCCUUUACAUGUUGCAUCAAAAAGAGGAAAUGCCAACAUGGUAAAACUACUGCUUGAUCGAGGAGCUAAAAUCGAUGCAAAAACAAGGGACGGUCUGACGCCGCUGCACUGUGGAGCCAGGAGCGGCCAUGAGCAGGUGGUGGAAAUGCUGCUCGAUCGAGCUGCCCCCAUUCUUUCAAAAACCAAGAAUGGACUGUCCCCACUGCACAUGGCCACGCAAGGGGAUCACUUGAACUGUGUCCAGCUUCUCCUCCAGCAUAACGUGCCUGUGGACGACGUCACCAACGACUACCUGACCGCCCUGCACGUGGCCGCCCACUGUGGCCAUUACAAAGUCGCCAAGGUUCUCUUGGACAAGAAAGCUAACCCCAAUGCCAAAGCCCUGAAUGGCUUUACCCCUCUUCACAUCGCCUGCAAGAAGAAUCGGAUUAAAGUCAUGGAACUCCUUCUGAAACACGGUGCAUCCAUCCAAGCUGUAACCGAGUCGGGCCUUACCCCAAUCCAUGUUGCUGCCUUCAUGGGGCAUGUAAAUAUCGUAUCACAGCUAAUGCAUCAUGGAGCCUCCCCAAAUACCACCAACGUGAGAGGAGAAACGGCGCUGCACAUGGCAGCUCGGUCCGGCCAGGCCGCAGUCGUGCGGCAUCUGGUGCAAGACGGAGCUCAGGUAGAAGCUAAAGCAAAGGAUGACCAAACCCCACUGCAUAUCUCAGCCCGACUGGGGAAGGCGGAUAUAGUCCAGCAGCUGUUGCAGCAAGGAGCGUCUCCAAAUGCAGCCACAACUUCUGGGUACACCGCCCUCCACCUUGCAGCCCGAGAAGGGCAUGAGGACGUGGCCUCAUUCCUUUUGGAUCAUGGCGCAUCUUUGUCUAUUACAACAAAGAAAGGAUUCACUCCCCUUCAUGUGGCAGCAAAAUACGGGAAGCUUGAAGUAGCCAACCUCCUGCUGCAGAAGAGUGCAUCUCCUGAUGCCGCUGGGAAGAGCGGGCUAACUCCACUGCAUGUAGCUGCACAUUACGAUAACCAGAAGGUGGCCCUUCUACUUUUGGACCAAGGAGCCUCACCUCAUGCGGCUGCAAAGAAUGGUUAUACGCCACUGCACAUCGCUGCCAAAAAGAACCAGAUGGACAUAGCGACGACUCUGCUGGAAUAUGGUGCUGAUGCAAACGCAGUUACCCGGCAAGGAAUUGCUUCUGUCCAUCUUGCAGCUCAGGAGGGUCACGUGGACAUGGUGUCACUGCUCCUUAGCCGAAAUGCCAACGUGAACCUGAGUAAUAAGAGUGGCCUGACCCCACUCCAUCUGGCUGCUCAAGAAGACAGAGUGAAUGUGGCCGAGGUCCUCGUCAACCAAGGGGCACACGUGGAUGCCCAGACCAAGAUGGGAUACACCCCACUCCACGUGGGUUGCCACUAUGGAAACAACAAGAUUGUUAAUUUCCUGCUCCAGCAUUCUGCAAAAGUUAAUGCCAAAACAAAGAAUGGGUAUACGCCAUUGCAUCAAGCCGCUCAACAAGGACAUACACAUAUAAUCAACGUCUUGCUCCAGAACAAUGCCUCCCCCAAUGAACUCACUGUGAAUGGGAACACUGCCCUCGCCAUUGCCCGCAGGCUUGGCUACAUCUCAGUGGUGGACACGCUGAAGGUCGUGACUGAGGAGACCAUUACCACAACGACUGUCACAGAGAAGCACAAAAUGAAUGUUCCAGAAACAAUGAAUGAAGUUCUUGAUAUGUCUGAUGACGAAGUUCGUAAAGCCAACGCCCCUGAAAUGCUCAGUGAUGGCGAAUAUAUCUCAGAUGUUGAAGAAGGUGGUAGAUGCACAUGGUAUAAAAUUCCCAAGGUACAAGAGUUGUCGGUGAAAAGCGAAGAUGCGCUGACGGGGGACACUGACAAGUACCUGGGGCCACAGGACCUCAAGGAGCUGGGCGAUGAUUCUCUGCCUGCCGAGGGCUACAUGGGCUUUAGUCUGGGGGCCCGUUCUGCCAGCCUCCGCUCCUUCAGUUCGGAUAGGUCUUACACCUUGAACAGAAGCUCCUAUGCCCGGGACAGCAUGAUGAUCGAAGAACUCCUGGUGCCAUCCAAAGAGCAGCACCUAACAUUCACAAGAGAAUUUGACUCAGAUUCUCUUAGACACUAUAGCUGGGCUGCAGACACCUUGGACAAUGUCAAUCUUGUCUCAAGUCCUGUUCAUUCUGGGUUUCUCGUGAGCUUCAUGGUGGACGCGAGAGGCGGCUCCAUGAGAGGCAGCCGUCACCACGGGAUGAGAAUCAUCAUCCCCCCACGCAAGUGCACGGCCCCCACCCGAAUCACCUGCCGUCUGGUAAAGAGACAUAAACUGGCCACCCCACCCCCCAUGGUGGAAGGAGAGGGACUAGCCAGUAGGCUGGUAGAAAUGGGUCCUGCAGGGGCCCAAUUUCUAGGCCCUGUCAUAGUGGAAAUACCUCACUUUGGCUCUAUGAGAGGAAAAGAGAGGGAACUCAUUGUUCUUCGAAGUGAAAAUGGAGAAACAUGGAAGGAGCACCAAUUUGACAGUAAAAAUGAAGAUUUAACUGAAUUACUUAAUGGCAUGGAUGAAGAACUUGAUAGUCCAGAAGAGUUAGGGAAAAAGCGGAUCUGCAGGAUUAUCACGAAGGAUUUCCCCCAGUAUUUUGCAGUAGUUUCACGGAUUAAGCAGGAAAGCAACCAGAUUGGUCCUGAAGGUGGAAUUCUGAGCAGCACCACUGUGCCGCUGGUCCAGGCUUCUUUCCCUGAGGGCGCUUUGACCAAAAGAAUCCGAGUGGGCCUCCAGGCUCAGCCUGUUCCAGAUGAAAUUGUGAAAAAGAUCCUUGGAAACAAAGCAACGUUUAGCCCAAUUGUCACUGUGGAACCAAGAAGAAGGAAAUUCCAUAAACCGAUCACAAUGACCAUCCCGGUGCCCCCGCCCUCGGGAGAAGGCGUAUCCAACGGGUACAAGGGGGACGCCACACCCAAUCUGCGCCUUCUCUGUAGCAUUACAGGGGGCACCUCACCGGCUCAGUGGGAAGACAUCACAGGAACUACUCCUUUGACAUUUAUAAAGGAUUGUGUCUCUUUUACAACCAAUGUUUCAGCCAGAUUUUGGCUUGCAGACUGCCAUCAAGUUUUAGAAACUGUGGGGUUAGCCACGCAACUGUACAGAGAAUUAAUAUGUGUUCCAUAUAUGGCCAAGUUUGUUGUUUUUGCCAAAAUGAAUGAUCCUGUAGAAUCCUCCCUGCGGUGUUUCUGCAUGACAGAUGACAAAGUGGACAAAACUUUAGAGCAGCAAGAGAAUUUUGAGGAAGUUGCAAGAAGCAAAGAUAUUGAGGUUCUGGAAGGGAAACCUAUUUAUGUUGAUUGUUAUGGAAAUCUGGCUCCACUGACCAAAGGAGGACAGCAACUUGUGUUUAACUUUUAUGCUUUCAAAGAAAAUAGACUGCCAUUUUCCAUCAAGAUUAGAGACACCAGCCAAGAGCCCUGUGGUCGCCUGUCUUUUCUGAAAGAACCAAAGACAACAAAAGGACUGCCUCAGACAGCUGUCUGCAACUUAAACAUCACUCUGCCAGCACAUAAAAAGGCCGAGAAAGCAGAUAAACGACAGAGCUUUGCGUCUUUAGCUUUACGUAAGCGCUACAGCUACUUGACUGAGCCUGGAAUGAGUCCACAGAGUCCAUGUGAACGGACAGAUAUCAGGAUGGCAAUAGUAGCCGAUCACCUGGGACUUAGUUGGACAGAACUGGCAAGGGAACUGAAUUUUUCAGUGGAUGAAAUCAAUCAAAUACGUGUGGAAAAUCCAAAUUCUUUAAUUUCUCAAAGCUUCAUGUUAUUAAAAAAAUGGGUUACCAGAGAUGGAAAAAAUGCUACAACUGAUGCCUUAACUUCGGUCUUGACAAAAAUUAAUCGAAUAGAUAUAGUGACUCUGCUAGAAGGACCAAUAUUUGAUUAUGGAAAUAUUUCAGGCACCAGAAGUUUUGCAGAUGAGAACAAUGUUUUCCAUGACCCUGUUGAUGGUUAUCCUUCCCUUCAAGUGGAACUGGAAACUCCCACAGGGUUGCACUACACACCACCCACCCCUUUCCAGCAAGAUGAUUAUUUUAGUGAUACCUCUAGCAUAGAAUCUCCCCUUAGAACCCCCAGUAGACUGAGUGACGGGCUAGUGCCUUCCCGGGGAAACGUAGAGCAUUCAGCAGAUGGACCUCCAGUUGUAACUGCAGAAGACACUUCCUUAGAAGACAGCAGACUUGAAGACUCAAUGCCUAUAACAGAAAUGCCCGAAGCAGUCGAUGUAGAUGAGAGCCAGUUGGAGAAUGUUUAUCUGAGUUGGCAGAAUGAGACCAGUGGAAACCUAGAGUCCCCGGCUCAAGCUCGAAGAAUAACUGGUGGGUUACUAGAUCGACUGGAUGACAGCCCAGACCAAUGUAGAGAUUCCAUUACCUCAUAUCUCAAAGGAGAACCUGGGAAAUUUGAAGCAAAUGGGAACCAUGCAGAAGUCACUCCAGAAGCAAAGACGAAAUCUUACUUCCCAGAAUCCCAAAAUGAUGUAGGCAAACAGAGUACUAAGGAAGCUCUGAGACCAAAACCACACGGAUACGGUCGUGUUGAGGAACCAGCAUCAUCACUAGCAGCAUAUCAGAAAUCUCUCGAAGAAACCAGCAAGUUUGUAAUAGAGGAGCCUAAACCCUGUGUGCCUGUCGGUAUGAAAAAGAUGAGUAGGACUUCUCCUGCAGAUGGCAAGCCAAGGCUUAACCUCCACGAAGAAGAGGGGUCCAGUGGGUCUGAGCCAAAGCAGGGAGAAGGUUAUAAGGUGAAGACAAAGAAAGAAAUCCGGCAUGUGGAGAAGAAGAGCCACUCAUAACGUGAAAGGAUCAUGUGUUUUUACU